GCGGGCUUGGUCCGGAGUGCAGGGGAGGCGGGCGGCCCGGCGGCGGACUGGGCCCCCGGGCCUGCCGCGCGGGCGCUGAGCUGGCGGGGCGGGCCGGGGCCCGGACGGUGGCUCCUCCUCCUCUGGCUGCAGGGUUAAAAACUAAUAUUUAUAUAAGACAGAAGAGAAAGAUGUCAUUCCGUAAAGUAAACAUCAUCGUCCUGGUCCUGGUUGUUGUUCUCUUCCUACUGGUUUUGCACCAUAACUUUCUCGGCCUGAGCAGUUUGCUAAGGAAUGAGGUUUCAGAUUCAGGAAUUGUGGGGUUUCAGCCCAUAGACUUUGUCCCAAAUGUUCCCCGACAAGCUGUAGACGGGAGACAAGAGGAGAUUCCUGUGGUCAUCGCUGCAUCUGAAGAUAGGCUCGGGGGGGCCAUUGCAGCCAUAAACAGCAUUCAGCACAACACUCGCUCCAAUGUGAUGUUUUACAUUGUUACGCUCAAUGGUACAGCAGACCAUCUCCGGUCCUGGCUCAGCAGCAGUACCUUGAAAAGCAUCAGGUACAAAAUUGUGGAUUUUGACACUAAACUUUUGGAAGGGAAAGUCAAGGAGGAUCCUGACCAGGGGGAAUCCAUAAAACCAUUAACCUUUGCAAGGUUCUACUUGCCAAUUCUGGUUCCCAGUGCAAAGAAGGCCAUAUAUAUGGAUGAUGAUGUAAUUGUGCAAGGGGAUAUUCUUACCCUUUACAAUACACCACUGAAGCCAGGGCAUGCAGCUGCAUUUUCAGAAGAUUGUGACUCAGCCUCUACCAAAGUUGUCAUCCGUGGAGCAGGGAACCAGUAUAAUUACAUUGGCUAUCUUGACUAUAAAAAAGAAAGAAUUCGUAAACUUUCCAUGAAAGCCAGCACCUGCUCAUUUAAUCCUGGAGUUUUUGUUGCAAACUUGACAGAAUGGAAAAGACAGAAUAUAACCAACCAGCUGGAAAAAUGGAUGAAACUCAAUGUAGAAGAGGGACUGUACAGCAGAACACUGGCUGGCAGCACCACAACACCACCUCUGUUGAUCGUAUUUUAUCAACAGCACUCUACAAUUGACCCCAUGUGGAAUGUCCGCCACCUCGGUUCCAGUGCUGGAAAACGAUAUUCACCCCAGUUUGUAAAGGCUGCCAAGUUACUUCAUUGGAAUGGUCACUUUAAGCCAUGGGGAAGAACUGCUUCCUAUUCUGAUGUCUGGGAAAAAUGGUAUAUUCCAGACCCCACAGGCAAAUUCAGCCUGAUCCGAAGACAUAUGGAGAUCUCAAAUACAAAAUAAAACAUAAUUUAUGCUAUAAGCAUUUCUCAGGAAAUCCUGGAAGACAGUAUGUGUGGGAAUUAACAGUUGCAAGGCUUCAAUGCCUAUCUGCAGCAACCCAUGGAAAGAGGGACAUUUCAGCUGGGUAAAGAGGAUGAACUACCCUGUUUAGCAGUCAGCUUCCCAGAUAGGCUAUAAAUGUCUCCAUCUGCCUUACCAAAUGUUUGCUUACUGCCAUACUGAAGGACUGACAGGGAUGGUACGGCUAGUUCAACACUACUGCUUGGUUUUAAUUUUGUAAUAUUAACCUGUGGGCUGAUCUGUUAAUAAAGUGAAACCUACAUUUUUCAA